GCAUGCCUGCAUCAACGACUGAUUUCGCCUCUUUCCCUUACCUGGAACCGUCCAAGGCCUUUGACGAACUGAAGAAUUACAAGAGGCAAGAUGGACUUUCUGCUGUUGAGCUCAUGGACUCGAUCAAGAAUGGGGGCCUUACCUAUGAUGAUUUUCUCAUAUUGCCCGGGAAAAUAGACUUCGCGGCCCACGAUGUCGCCACGGAAAGCAAGAUUACUCGCAAUGUCAUUCUCAAAACCCCUUUCAUGAGUAGCCCAAUGGACACAGUGACGGAGGCUGAGAUGGCCAUCAGCAUGGCUCUUUUGGGUGGUAUAGGCGUUGUUCAUCAUAACCAGCCAGCUGAACAACAGGCUGCCAUGGUUCGGUCAGUUAAGCGACAUGAGAAUGGGUUUAUAUCAGAUCCCGUGGUUCUCGCUCCCCAUAACAUGGUCCAAGAUGUGAUCGACAUAAAAGAACGUCUUGGUUUCUGCGGUAUUCCCGUCACAGAUACUGGAGUUAUUAACGGCAAACUUUUGGGUAUGGUCACGUCUCGUGAUAUCCAGUUCCGUGACCCUCGUUCGAAGCUUAUUGAGGUCAUGACCACUCAGCUUGUCACGGCUCCCGCCGGGACAACCCUUAUCGAGGCCAACCAGAUUCUUCGUGACUCAAAAAAAGGGAAAUUGCCCAUUAUUGACCCAGAAGGCCGCCUUGUCGCCCUUCUAUCCCGCUCUGACCUUCUUAAGAACCAGAAUUAUCCUCUCGCUUCCAAGAAUCCAGUGACGAAACAACUUUAUGCUGCUGCCGCGAUUGGCACCCGUCCGGCUGACCGGGAUCGUCUUCGUCUUCUCGUUCAGGCUGGUCUCGACAUCGUCGUCCUCGAUUCGAGUCAGGGGAACUCUAUAUAUCAAAUUGAGAUGAUCAAAUGGAUCAAAUCAGAGUUCCCCAAAUUGGAAGUGAUAGCUGGGAAUGUGGUGACUCAGGCUCAGGCUGCUUCUCUCAUUGCCGCGGGUGCCGAUGGACUUCGUGUUGGUAUGGGAUCAGGUUCGAUUUGCAUCACUCAGGAAGUGAUGGCUGUUGGGCGUCCCCAAGCCACCGCUGUGUAUGCGGUCGCUGAAUUCGCGAAUCGAUUCGGCGUGCCUGUUAUUGCAGACGGUGGUAUUAAGAACGUUGGGCAUAUUGUUAAGGCUCUUGCCCUUGGUGCCGGUGCCGUCAUGAUGGGUGGUCUGUUAGCAGGAACGACUGAGACUCCCGGAGAGUACUUCUGGCAUGAUGGGAAACGUGUCAAGACUUAUCGUGGUAUGGGCAGCUUGGAGGCAAUGGAGCAGGGGAAACCAUCCCGAUCAUCGGCUCCUCAUGUCAACGGCAAGAAGUCUUCUAGCCCCGUAAAUGGUUCUUCAGGCACUGGUUCGGCCUUGGCUCACGAGAAUGCCGCGACGUCUCGGUAUUUUUCCGAGUCUUCAACCAUCAAAGUAGCUCAGGGAGUCUCUGGAGACGUCCAGGACAGGGGUUCAGUGAAGCAGUUCCUGCCUUACUUGCACACGGGCUUGCAACACUCAUUCCAAGAUAUCGGCGUAAGAAACAUCCAAGAGCUGCAGGAGAGUGUGAGGCAAAGCUCAGUAAGGUUUGAGUCGCGGAGCGCGCAGGCACAGCUUGAAGGCGGUGUCCAUAGUCUGAACUCAUACACAAAACGUUUGUUUGCUUAGAUGCCGUGCAUUAUUGUUGCACCUGUGGCCUCUGUAAAUAUAAUCCGCCUGUUGUAAACUGCAAGCACUACCUCUUACUUGUUGAUCAUAUUCGCGAAAAAUACAUCUACUGGCG